UCUCUCUCUCUCUCUCUCUCUCUCUCCUGUAGUCAUCUUGUCAUUUUAGAUUCUUUUUACCUUUAAUUUGGUAUCUAGACCAUUUUAAUUCCUUGGCUUUAUCUCGGUUUCAUUUAGAUCUUAGCUUCCAUCACAUCUCCUCAACCCCAUCUCCCUCUCCUUGUCAUGCGACGACACAAAGUCCCGGUGAUGGUGAUGGUUGUGGUGACCGCAGGGACCUUUACUUUGGUGCUUCUUUCUCCUCCUCGUCCCUCCGCCCCUGCCCACGCCGUGUUGCUGCCCCAAGAGCCUCCAGCCCCAUCUCGGCGCCACGUCCCGCACUGCCAGGCCAUGUUUACUGUCAAUAAGAGUUCCCCGGACACUUGGUGGGACUCGGACGUGCCGUAUGAAGAAUUAGCGAGUCGUCUUCCCCUUCUCCUGGGUGACAUAAAGUCGGAGGGCUCACCGGAAAACAAGUCAGCGCCACUGUUCCUCGGCACUCGGCUGGAGUUGAUGGGGGGUACCGUGCCCUAUAUUCCUUGUCUGGUGCAGGAGUAUCGGGUGAAGGAUGCAGGUCGCUGCGUGGCGGUGCGGGCGGCAAAGGGCGCCUCCACCUGGAUUGCCUUCGUCGGAGAUUCGAAUCAGCGACAGAAGAUUCACUCCUUCCUUGACUUCCUGCCGCCGGACCUCGCCUAUUCCUUCUAUUUGGGGGAUAAACAAGUGAGCCUCCAGGUGUUCACGGACGCCGUCUCCCACCACAAGAAACGUCCGCCAGUGUUUGAAAUUGUUGGUCGACCACUACCACCACCACCUACUUCUACGUCUACUCCUCCUCCUCCUCUCUACCCUACGAGAUCGUUAGGCCACCGCUACAGUAUCUCUCCGUCUGGGGGAGAUGAAGUGCUACGAUAUAAAAAUGACAGCAACGGAGGACAGAAGGAAUCUCAUGCUUCUCAGGUGACGCUACUUGAAGGGAAAUCACAGCCACAAGAACCAUAUGUUUUCAGAGUGACAGUGUUGUGGUAUCCUGGAACAAACGAUGCUGUUCAGUCAUCCUCCUUCUCCCGCAAGUUAGUAGUGGCAAGACUGCAGGAGUGGCUGAAUAUGAACACCCUUCCCGCUGCAGUAGUUGUUGGGUUCGGCACGUGGAUGCUGGCCGAUCGCAAGUCCACGGAUGAGCUGUGGCCCUUUACAGAGCUGGAGGAAGCUGCUCUUGCCCUGGAGGACACCCUCACUCGCCUCGCUGUCAGGACCUCUCUGCUUUAUUGGGUGCAGAGUAGAUACCGCUGGUUCAACACAGGUGGUCAUGGACCAUCGGCGGACAUGAAGGAGGGGAAGUUCAAGUAUUGGGACACGUUUAUGUAUCUCAACCAGUUCCAUGACUCCUUGCCUCUGCUAGACACCUGGCUGUGGCGCAUAAUGAAGAAAACGGGUGCCUGGCUCUGGGAUUCCACUCUGCCCUUCAACCUUGCCAACCUGCGGGAAUGUCAGCAGCUUAGCAAGGCCAAGAUGUACUACCAUCCUCUUUACACAGGUCGGUGGUGGAACUGUUUUGACGUACAUCAUGCCUCUUAUGAGACCAACAGUGUAGAGAUACAGAUGCUGCUGAACCUGCUGUGUAAUGCCCACCUCAACACCCCUGCCCACUACUGCUGCUCCACAUGACACAUCUCAUCCUCUGCCUUCCAAUCAUCAUCCAGGAGCUGUACUGUCGCAGUUCAAGAUGGAUGAGCCACUAUCAUGCCUGCCCCACAUCACUGCCAGCCAACUCUGACUCGAAGAUAUAACACAGGACCUGGAGUGAGAACGGGCAGAAGACCAAGAUCAGAAACAAGAUAAAUUUUUUGAGGUGCUGUUCUCUUUCCACAUCAGUGAUCUUGACCCGCAAUUCUUUGAUGAGAUUGGUGUGAUACUUCAAUUGUGGGUUGGAAGAGAUAAGCUUUGUUACUCCAGCCUAAGCAAGUAGCUCCUCCAUCUUCAUCAUAUGUUCUCUUGAAAAUACAGACAUGGUACAAAUGUCAAGAGAACACAUGGUGAAGAUGGAGGAGCUACUUGCUCAGACAGGAGUAACAUAAUUCUGGAACUCAGACUGGAGUAAUAAAAUGGCACAAAUGUCAUGUAGGGCUGUGUGCAGUACCCAAGUCAGCAAGUUUAUCUCUUCCUGCAUCACUUUCUUCCAACUCAGAACAAUCAUUACCUGUAUGCUCUAUUACCUGUCUAAGCUCAACCACUUCAGCAGCUUGAGGAUCCCUGUUAAUGAAGGGUUUGUUUUUAAAACUAGUGAGCAUGGUCAGUGUAGCAGAGAGUACUCUGGGGACUCCUUCAGGUUACUAUCAACAGGCGACACAUACUGCCAUUAUUGUGUGGGAGUUGCUUCCAUGGAAGUUUUGCAGUAAUCUAGUCAGUUUGGAAUCUCUAUGGAGAAUUAGAAAUUUCUGUCUCUUUCUCCACAAAUGGCUGAAACAAUAAUUAAUGCCAAGAGCCAGAAUGUUUACAUUCACUGUCUCAAACAACUCUCUUGUGGCACCAGUCAUCUUGACAUGGUCACACCAGCCAGAUGCAUCAUGUGAAAUUUGGCAGAUGCAACACUUCCUCCUCUUUGUUCAACAUGCAUGGAGUAUGGAGAUUGUAUGUGAUCUGCUUGAGUGAGCAUCCAUGGCAGCAGCCUCUGCAGCCUGAUUUACAGCACCCUCUAAACAUUUCAUGGUCUCUUGCAUAUAGUGGCAUGUACCUCAGUGACACCAACAAUCUUAUUUAUCCCUCCUCUUGGAUCCUCUCAGAUGUCAGCAGAUUCUUCAUCACUUUUGGUACUAAGAUCAAGGGAAAGUCUCGUGACUAUCCCUUGAUCUAUGAGACUAUUUCCACCUGGGACCAACAGGGCCGAGAUAGUAUAGUUAGAAGUUUCCAGAUGUAACUCAAUAAAAUAUAUUUAACCAA